GGCUAAGACCUUUGAUUUAUUAUUAAAUUGUAGCCCCAACACCACUCAACAGUGUUAUCUAUUAAUAUGCAUAUAUAAUGUGACUUUUAACCUGUUAUUACAUCACAUGUUGCGCAAGCACAAACAACGCUUGUUAGUUGCUUACUAUCGCAAUCAAGCUUUGAAUUUCCCGCGCCAAACAACACUUUUUGUUUUUAAAUAAAAUGGACGCAAUUUGUUGCAAUAUAAUAUAUUUAUUAUUAAAUUGCACGUUGCGAAAAUGUGUCUGAACGUUAGGAUGGUUUAAUUUAUACUGGAGCUGCUAAUGACUUUAAACGUAACUAAUGAAUUUAAAAAUAGAUACCGGAAAUAUGCAUCGGCCAUCAUUGGAUUCUCGUGCUUGUUCGUACGUUUUCGUAUUUGAAUACGUCGCUUGCAGCGCUUUCUCUCACUGACGGCAACGACAAAAACUAUUCAAAUAUUCGGCGUCCAUUACGUAAAUCAGCUGAACCUCAAAUUAAUACGUUGAGAAAAGGUUGAAACCGCAAGCAACGUAUUAAUUUGCAGUGGAUGCAAAUUGUGUGGCAGUUUACGCUGCGUGUAGUUUAAGUUAUGAGUAACUUGGGUCCGUACGGAGGCGGCUCGAAAAACGGCCCUUGGUCGCGAGCCCCCACGACCCCCAACACCAACAUCCAACAGCAGCUCAUCAACCAGGCUGCUGCUGCCGGCGGCAUGAACAACCUCAGCAACAUCAAUAGCAUGACCAACAUGAAUACACUCAAUAGCAACAUUGUGCCCUUCCAACAGCAGCAAGUCUUUCAAAAUAUGGGCAUGCAGCAGCAAAAUCUUGGCAUUGGUCUGCAGCAGAUGCCCAACACGGCUGUGGGCCUCGCUGGUGCGCAACAACUCAACAAUCAAUUGUUCCAGCAGGUUGGUGCUGUGACGUAUCCGAAUCCACGCGCGUUAAACGCCGCCGCGUUUUCCGCGCAAACCCAACCACCAAAAGCCACUCAGAAUGUGCAGCCUGGUGCAAAUCAGACCAACGCGACGCAAAAAGUCUUCACCGGCACCGUUACGACGGUGCAUGACAACUUUGGCUUCGUUGAUGAAGAUGUCUUCUUUCAGACAUCGGCUUGCGUCAAGGGUAGCAACCCUAUGGUAGGUGAUAGGGUAUUAGUAGAAGCCCUAUACAAUCCUCGCAUGCCGUUCAAAUGGAACGCAACGAGAAUCCAGGUACUGCCCAUGACAGGUGGCGGUGCUGGAGGCGGUGGAAAUCAAAACCAAGGAGGACGCACUGGUAAAAAUUACAAUUCAAUAACCAGUAACAAUUACAACGCGGUGCCGCCGCCAUCGGAUAGUAACGGCAGCUUUAAUCGGAACCGUCCGAAAGCUUCCGCUGGUGGCAGAGGCCGAGAAAGGUCGAGAGAUCGUGACCGCGAUGACGAUGACAUCGAGAGAAAGAAAAGACGCGAGGAGCGGAUGAGAGAAAGAGAAAAGGAGGAUAAAAAGUCUCCUUUGAGGAGAAAUAGGUCAAGGAGUCCUAAAUCACGUCGUAGAACUAGAAUUGUACCUAGAUAUGUGGUACAAAUACCGAAAAUUGCUCUAGAUACAUCGAAUGCUGAUGUUUUGGAAGUACGCCGUCGUUAUGGCAACUUGUACAUACCGUCCGAUUUCUUCAACAGUAACUUUCGCUGGUUGGAUGCAUUUCCGGCGGAUAAACCCUUCACCUUGAACAAACCUUGCGCAUUUCACAUUAUGAACAAGGAUGUCGAUGGUGUUGCGGAGAAUGACGCUGUUUUGGAGCCUCCUGAUGCUGAUUAUUUAUUUUCAGCUAAGGUAAUGCUGAUGAGUGUACCCGGAAUGGAAGAAAUGUACCAAAAAUGCUGUGUAAUGGCAGAAGACAAAGAUCGCCGUGAUAGAGACAGCGAAGAGAAAGAUUCGGUGCAUCCGACGCGACUGAUCAAUUUCCUGGUUGGUUUACGUGGCAAGAAUGAAACAAUGGCUAUUGGAGGCCCAUGGAGUUCUUCACUGGAUGGCGAACAUCCAGAACGGGAUCCGUCCGUUCUUAUACGCACGGCUAUAAGAACUUGCAAGGCUUUGACCGGAAUCGACUUGUCCAACUGCACGAAGUGGUACCGCUUCGUGGAGCUGUACUACCGUCGCGGCGACGCCGACGGCCGGAGCCAUCGGGGCGGCGCUGGCGGUGGCAGUGGCAGCGGCAGACAGGGGGCGCGCGUCGAAACCGUGGUUCUCUUUCUGCCGGAUGUUUGGAGCUGUUUGCCCACGCGGCUGGAGUGGGACGCGCUGCAGACCGGCUAUCGCAGGCAGCUGGAGCGCAAGUUGAAGGCCGGGCAGGAGCAGGACGCCGACGAGCAGCAGCAAGGCGACGAAAAGGAAGAAGAGCCAUCCACGGACAAAGUGGAACCGACGCACCACUCGCAGUUGGAUCCGAAGACGAUGUCGGUGGUGGACUUGCGCAAGGAGCUCAAAGCACGCGCGCUUAACAGCAGCGGGCUGAAGUCGCAACUGAUCGCAAAAUUAUCGAAAGCACUGAAAUCAGAAGCAUCCAAAACCGAGGACGGCAAAGAGGACAGGGACUCCGACAAGGAGGAACAAUCUGACGAAGGAAAAUCCGCGGCUGAAGAGAAAAAAAUUGAUGAGAAGGAGAGACAGCAACUAGAGAAAAAGUACACUCUACCAGAGAGUCAAGCCAUUUUGGUGCAUCCAUCGAAAACGGCGAAGAGUGGCAAAUUUGACUGUACUGUAAUGUCACUUUCUUUAUUGUUGGAUUACAGACCUGAAGACACCAAGGAACAUUCCUUUGAAGUGUCUUUAUUCGCCGAGUUGUUUAAUGAAAUGCUUAUGAGAGACUUUGGCUUCUCAAUCUAUCGCGCUCUAUACGAUCUUCCGGAGAAACCCAAGGAGAAAGAAAAAGACGAUAAGAAACGCGAGAAAGAUAAAGAAAAAGAUGAGAAGGAUAAAAAAGAUAAGGAGCCGAAGAAAGAUCGCGAAAAGAAGGAUAGCAUUAAGUCAGAUCAUGACAGCGAUGCUUCCGACUUCGACGAUGACGACGACAGUAAAUCUCGAAAGGAUAAAGACAAGAAGAAACGCGAACGUCCGAAGAUGUAUACCAAAGAUCGUCAUUUGCUACUAUCAUUUGGUUAUUUUGACCAAACCCAUUGUGGGUACAUCUUUGAGAAAGACAUUGAAGAACUGUUGUAUACUCUCGGGUUAAAUUUAUCUAGGGCUCAGGUGAGAAAACUGGUAGGCAAAGUGAUCACAAGAGAUUCGCUUCACUACCGUAAGUUGACUGAUAAGGUUAAAGAAGAGGAUUUCAUCGUUAUUGAUGAUUCGGAGAAAGAUAGUAAUUUGGAAGAGUUAGCUGCUGGAAAUAAAAAAUUGCUUCGAAUAUUUUCCACAGAGAAUAAUGAAAUACCUGCUGGUGCCAAUGAUGAAAGUAAAGAAAAGACAAAUGAAGGUUUUGUAAUGUUUCGUGGAGCAUUGGUUGAUGUUGGGAAGCUGUUGGCUCAAUUGGAUCGCAGCGAAAAGGCUAGAUUAGAUACUGAGGCGAGAAUGAUGGAAAUGAAGGCCGACAACUCUAAGUUGUCUGAUAAGUAUCAACGUGCGAAUGGAACUGUUAAAAAUCUCAGUGUUGACUUGAAAGAAUACAAAGAGAAGUUAAAAGUUACAGAAGAAAGUCUUCAUAGAAUCACGAGUUGUUCAAAACUAUUCCAGGCUACACUAACAGAGAUUCGCGAUAAAAUUGAGCCUGUGUUGCAUAGCACAUCGACAAAAGAAGAAAAAGACAAAGACAGAUCGCGCGAUAAAUCCCGCGAUCGCGACAGAAAGGAUGAGACUAAGUCACGGUGGGAAAAAGAUUAUUCACACUCGAAUUUCAAUUCAAAUUCGAGUUCAAUUAAAUCAGAACCUAAAACACCAAAAGAUAAAGAUAGGGACAAGUCAAAAGAGAAGUCCACCGAGAAAAAGGAGGAGAAAGAGAGACCCGAGGAAAAGCACGAAGAGGAAAAACUAUUAGAACCAAAAGAGGAGGAGCUCAAAGAGGAAGAGGAUGAUAUCGGUUUUAAACCGGAAGUGAUUGACGAGAUCGGAGACGUCGAGAUGGAAAAUGAUGCAGGAUUGGAAAUCAUUUCAGACGGUAAAUGGUAAGUCGAAUUCUCUUUGUUCUCUAUUAGCUGAUUGCUAUGCAAUGGAGAACAAAUGAACAAUGUUAAGCAAUUUGAAUGUAUGGACACCAUUGUUUCGAUGAAUUUACACAUUGACAAUUAUAUAGAAUAAAACGCUCAACAAAA